AUGAUAACUUUUGCAUUUUUUUUAGUAGUGAUCUAAGCUGAAUAUGUGAAACAAAUACUUCGUGAUCUAUCUGACUUGAGCGAAUUUACACCGACGCCAAAAACUCAGGUUUGUUCAGUUCAAAAUUACGACAUGGUGAUUUUAGAUCAACAAAAUCCUUCACUAUCCCUUAAGACACCAAUUGAAAAAGCGCAUUAUUUUAUACGUCUUUAUGUUGACUAUAUGUUUUUGGAAUAAUGGUAAGGUGAUACAAUAUAAGUACUACUUAAUAACAAUAAAAUUGAUGAAUAUACAUACAUAUAGACUGAUAAAUCUGAUUAAGGACGUAUUUGUAGGGAUUCCACCAAUUCAAAAUAUAUGACCAGGGAAAUUGAGUUUUAUCAUAUAGAUUAGUAUCUGGAAUUAUAAUUCUAGGUAUUAUAUAAGGAUUCAACUAUUUCUUCGCCUGGUGCCGAUUAUUUACCUAAACUUGGAAUCCGAAACAUUUAAGUUAAUGCAUUGGAAUGUCACCCAUAAUGCUCAAGUUGCAGUGGCCCAACUGAAAAUGAUUGUAGAACAUGUCCUUAACUUGCUAAAAAAGGCAAAGUAUCCAAUACAUGCAAGUGUCCUAAUUCAACCCCUUACAUAUAUGCUGAUAAUUGUAUUGCAUAUUGUCCCAAGAAUACAUUUCUAAAUGAAUUCAAAGUGUGUUUUGGAAGUUCCUUGAUAAAAAACUUGGAGAGUUCCUUAUUAAACUCUUUUGAUCAUGGACAAAAUAAUAAAUAAUCCUUGUGGUCAAUUUCCAUGACACGCACCACAAAGGAUCAAUUACUAUUUAGACAUAAGGACAGUUAUUUAAUUGGUAAAUUUGAGGAGAGAUAGACCCUCACAGUUAGCUAGUAUAGCUUGAUUGGACAUCAUAGGAUAAGAGUAAGAUUUAAUUUAUAUUUAUUCUACACAUGGGCUGUUAAUGAAUAUAUAAUAACAAUUAUUGAUGAUGUCAGACAAAAACCAUUAUUAUAUAGUAAGGAUGGAUUCAUCAAUUAUGCAAACAAUGAUUCAUGUACAAAUUAGGAGAUUAAUGAAUGCUAAGUUUUCCUUGUAGAUUACUAUCUGAAUCACACAAGUGAUAAUCUAAAAAUAUAAAUAUAUAGUGAUACAUACAAAUAGAGUACUUCGAGAUGGGCAAUAUCUGAUUUUUUUAUAGAUGCUUUGAAAUGCACUGAAAAUUGUGCGAAAUGUUUGAAUGAUUAGGUUUGUGUUAAAUGUGAAACUGGGUUUUUAUUACUCAAGCAAUAAUGUGUAGUUACUUGUCCCCUAUCUUACAGUUUUUAGAAGGAUAACAAAUGUGUAGAAAUGGAUGAUGAAACAGAAUAUUCUGAAUACUUAUUGAAAGAAUUAGUUUCAACUAAACUUCAUGGGACCAUACCGGGUGUCACUAGUUACUUUAAUGGAUAUCGUCAUUUGGGAGGUCUAUCAGUUUCAACUACAAGAUACAACCAAAAAUUUUAAUAUUUAAAACCCCAUUAUUAAAUUAGAGCUGCAUUCAAAGUGGAUUUAUUAAAUACUAAUCAAUCUUAAGGAUAUGUGAGUAUAAAUCUAGGAAAUUAUACACAAAUUGUUAAUACAGAUCCUGCUAGGAUGUUUUAAACAACAACUGUUAAUUUCACAUUUGCUCACUCUUCAAAAUAUUUGAAAUUAGCAAUCAUUUCAUCUAGUUUCAAUAAUUAUUUUAGAUCAGGAAUUUCAAAUAUGAGAAUAACCAUUGAUUAUUGUUAUCCAACUUGUACAGCAUGCACAGGACCAGGAAUCAAUGAAUGUUUACAAUGGUCAUAUGAUCCAAAUUAUGAUAAGUAAUCAAAUCUUUGUUAAUUGUCUACCUACUUCUAUAAUGAUUCAUGCAUUUCUUGUGACUCACAAUGUUAAUCAUGCAGUCAGUAAAACUAUUGUACCUUAUGUUCAUCCGCCUAUACAUAAUCUGGAUAGUCAUGUUAUUGUAGCAAAGGUUAUUAUUUGGAUGAAUCGAAUACUUGCUAAAAGUGUUUUGAGAAGUGUUCAGGAUGUUUAGGACCAUUGUAAGAAGAUUGCUUUGAUUUAUAAUCCAAAGAAAUAGCUUGUGAUAUUUCAAAAGGGUAUUAGAAUGGAUAAGAAUGCAAUGAUGGCAAUUAUAAUAUUAGAGAUGGUUGCUCUAAUUGUAUUAUGGAUGAAGGUUGGUCAUGUGUAAAUCAAAUAGGCAAAUAAUCAAUUUGCAUUAAAUGUCCUCUGAAUUGUAUGGAUUGUAAACAAAAUUAAAAUAAAUUAUAAUGCUUAUAAUGUUAGCCUGGCUAUUUCUUUUAUUAGAAUGGAUGUUUCCAAUGUAAAUCUGAAUGUCUAGAAUGCAAUUACAUAGAUUAAUGUACUAAAUGUACUGUACCUACUAUCAUUCCAUUAAAUGGUAAAUGUUCAUAUUGCGAGACUGAAAGGGGUUACUAUGAAGUUAAUGGAAAGUGUUAAUCCAAAUGUGGAGAUUAUCGAUUGACCGCAGAAGAGCAAUGUGAUGAUGGAAACUUAAUUGAUGGGGAUGGUUGCUCUUCCAAAUGUACUAUUGAAACUGGAUUUUCAUGUUCAAAUGGAAUAUGCUCAGUUGUUUAAUUAUAAAACAAUUUAGAAUUAAAAUAUUCUAAUAAAACUACUACUAAUACUCUCAAAUUAGAUUUUGGUGAGUAUCCAGCUAAAUGUGAUGAGAAGUAUGUCAAAGUCUAUCUAGAGAAUUUUGAUCCAAAAGACUUCAAGGUUUUCUUAAAUCUAAAAGAAGAAGGUUCAAUGAAAUACUGUUAAAUUUCAUUUAAAUUUUAUAGAAAUGUCAGAGAUUAUGAUGUAAUCCAUGUGAUAUUUUAUAAAAAUAAAUAAAGGCUAUUAUCAGUGGAUUUUGAAGAAAUGAUAAUCUAAGCAAGAAGUGAAACAUUCUAUAGUGACGAGGAAGAGCAAUAAGCACAAUAAGUUUAACAAUUACAAAGUAAUUUUGUUUCAGCACUUUACUUUUUGGGUCCAGGCACUAUUCUAUUGGGUGGUUUUAACUUUUUCUUUAGUAUUUUGGAUAUCUUGGCUUGGUUAAAUAAUUUCUAUUAUUUCAACGUGAUGUAUCCAGCUAAUGUUAAUAUCAUAUUUUUAAAUCCUGCAUGGGAAUUAAUGAACCCAUUUGAUUUUACUCCAAUCGUCAGAGUGGAUACUGAUAAGGAUUAUAUUGAAAGUCCUUUCAGAUUUGAACAAAAGGGAGUUGACCCAUAUUUCCUUAAUAACAUGAUGAUGUGCUUCGUGACUUGGCUACUAUGCGCUGGUCUAUUUCCCAUCUGCAAAUGCACUAUUUUCAUAAUUGAAAGGAUUUAUCAAAGGAGUCCGAAACAAAAGGUUAGGACUGUUAAGAUUAAAUAAAUGCCAGUGUUUCAUUUAGAUUAAAACUUAGAAUCCCAAUAACCAGAAACUGAAGUAAAAUUAGAAGAACCUAAACUGUUUCCAUCAAUAGUUCAAUAUAUUUAUAAUAAUGCAUAUGAGUACUAGAUCAGUUUCAGAGCCAUCAUCAUUAAAUAAUUAAAUUUGGUUUACUUGGACAUAUGUAUGGCAAGUGUUUUGCAAUUGCAAUUUAUGGACAAAAGUGAUUAGCCACUAAUUUUCUCCUAAAUUUUCCUAUCAUUUAUGGGAUUGUUUAUUUGUAUAUCUAUUUUUCUCAUUGCUAUAAAGGUGUCUAAGUAAUCCAGUUUGCUUUUGAAUACAAAAUCAUAUCAAUUUGAUUAUAGUACUUUGUAUGAAGGAAUAGAUGUCAAAUCUGAUAUAUCAAAGAUGUAUUUUAGUAUAAGUUUUGCAAGGAAGAUGUUGUUUAUUGUAUUUUUAGUUGGGUUGUACCAUUAUCCACUCUUUUAAACAUCAUUUUGUUGUGCUGCAAGCUUUUUAAAUGUGAUGUUGCUUCUUUACAAGAAUCCUUUUGAGAGUAAGGUUGACUAUAUUCAAAAUGCAGUUCCAGAUGCUACUAUAUUUUUUGUAUUAGUUCUUUGUGUCGUUUUAGCAUUCGACGACAAAGAAUAAAAGUAUUCUUCGAAAACUAGGACCAAUAUUGGAUGGGCCAUGUUAAGCUUUAUUGGUUUGUCAGUUUUAACCCAAUUAGGAUUGAUUUUAAGGCAAUUAAUCAUAGACAUCAAAGAAAACUUCCAAUGGAUCAAAAAUAAAUUGUUCCCCUCUGAUUGAUUCUUAUAUUAUUUUCAUUAAUAUGCAACAACAUUUUUAAUAA